AAAUGUCACUGGCAAGUGGCACUUUGAAGAUGCUUCUAUGUAAACGUCUAGGUAUUCGCAAAUAUUCGCUAUUUACUAUCAUGCGGUAAGUUGCGGAAACAUUGCACAAAAAUGAGAGAAUUAUUUAAACUGGAUCGGUUACCGCGCGGCGUUCAGUGAGUUCCACUUUUCAGUCGCGGUUAUUACAUCAUUGCGGUACAGUGCUUUAGCGCGAAAUUUAAAUAUGGCGAAAUUAGCAGUGUUUGAUUUUGAUCAUACGAUCGUGGAUGAAGAUUCAGAUGCGACAAUCAUAACAAGACUGAGAGAAAAAAGGCCUCCACCGGAGUAUGAUUCCGGGUCCCGGGAUUGGACACCUUAUAUGAGCGAUGUAUUCGAGCACGCGUUCUCCGCUGGCUUCUACCCAUCAGACAUCUUGGAUAGCAUCGCCAGUAUGCGUCCGACUCCUGGCAUGCGGGAGCUGAUCACCACACUGGCAGAGCAGGGCUGGGAUGUCGCAAUACUAACAGAUGCUAACACAGUCUUCGUGAAUCAUUGGAUAAAGACAAAUGAGUUGCAGGACGCGAUAACAACAAUAGUAACAAAUCGCGCUUUCUGGCAAAAUGAUCGGCUGUUCAUAGAGCCAUGCAUGCGUCAGACAUCUUGCCGUCUCUGUCCCUCGAACCUAUGUAAAUCGAUUGCGCUGGCGCAGCUUUGUAAGAACAAGAACUACACGCGUAUUGUGUACAGUGGGGAUGGGCGGAACGACUUCUGUCCGUCAACGAAAUUGCUUAGCAAUGGAACAGUAUUCCCGAGAAAAGGAUACCCUCUCGACGAGUUAAUAAAAAAGACUCUGGCAACACCGGAACCACAGAUUAAGGCCAAAGUCGUCCCAUGGAUUGACGCUUACACGAUUAUCAAUGAGUUGUUUCCGAAAUAAGUUUGACUCGAAGAUUUUCAGCCAUUCGUUCUAAGGGGAAGUUAACACGGUCGUUUUUGAGCGAUAUUUACCCUAAGAACUAAUUAUGAUUCCGCAAAAUUUGACAAGGUGUUUUAUUUUAGUAGCAAAACUGUUUUCGAUGAAAAUUUUGUCUUUAAAUGAGUUUUUUAAUACAAAAUCGCACAAAGCCUAGAAAUAGUAGUGUUUGUAAAUUGUGAAGGGUUAAACUAGAAUCAUUCUAGAAAUAUUUUUAUAGCACUUAUAGAAUAAGAAAAUUGUCUCAAAUAAAAAUAUCUAUUUUCAUAAAUAAUUGUUAUUGUGUGUGUCGUGUCCAUAGUAGUUACUAAACAUGUAUUUGUUUUAAGCUGGCGUAAUGGUGAUGGUUGUCUCUGCAUUUUAAAAGCCGGCAACGCACUUCCACCUAAGACUCUCGUCCACUUAACAUCAAAUGAGCCUCCUGGCUCCUGCCUGUUUGCCCUAAAUAAAAAACAGCCAUGAGAAUAUGACGAUAGGGUUAAUGUCACUGCACUGACAGAGGUCUGUUGUUUAUGAAUAUAGAGUUUUUAAUGAACGCACCUUUAAUUUUAAUUGCUUCGAUAGAAUCUCGAAUAUAUAAAUAAACGUCCAUCGCACUAAGCUUUACGUAGUGAAAUGUUUUAAUAAAUGUUUGAAAAAC